UUUUGUCUACUACUGAAGGGCCCGAGUAUGAGGCCAAGUCAUCCGCAAAUGGUGAUUUCAAGAAAGCUCUACGGUCACCCAAUGAGUAUGAGGCCAAAGAAUUUUCCACACAAGGUGCCAUCAAGCACCACGAGUUGCGGUCUACACGGGGUAGCAAGUGGCUACAACUCGCAUCACACACCAGCAUGGAAGCAAGCACAGAGCGGUAAGAAUCCUGGGUCUGGAGGUGACACAUUUCUUGUACCUUCCUGUAUGACACGAGAACUAUCCCCUGUUUCAUGUGGAGGUCGUGGAAGCGGUCGUCGCCCUCGGAGUACCCUCUAGCAGCGCACGGACACGGCAUUAUUGGUUCCUCAUUUGGCAGGUCCCCGAACCUGAACUCUCAGUAUUCACUUGAACUCAAGGCUGCUAGCUAGUGAACGCUGGCGUACCGAACACUCUAGUUUUGGCAACCGCAUGUCUGCAUGUCAUGGCAGCACAUGAUAACAUGAUCUACUUCUUCUAUAAAUAGCACCAGCAGCCUACAUGUUCUUGCCCAUAUUCAGUUGUUCAUCCAUUACGCCCAUCAAUUCCCCAAAGCCUACAAAAGCAACCAGCACGGCGAUGUGCUCGGCGUGCCUGCUGCUGCUGUCUGUUUCCAUGUUCUUCUUCACACUCCCGGGCGCCGGUGCCGAUGAUGAGGCCGCGCUGCUAGCCUUCAAGGCAGCAGCGGUCGGCGGCAGCAGCGACGCGCUCGCUUCCUGGAACAGGAGCACCGAUGGUGGAUACUGCAGCUGGGAGGGGGUGAGGUGCCGGGGCAGGCACCGUCAAGUGGUGGCGCUGAGCCUGCCAUCCCAUGGGCUCACCGGCGUUCUCUCGCCUGCCGUCGGAAACCUAUCCUCCUUGAGGACUCUUGACCUAAGCUUCAAUGAGCUCAGCGAGAACAUUCCAGCGAGCCUCGGCCGUCUCCACCGCCUCCAUACCCUCAACUUGAGUCACAAUUCCUUUUCUGGCUCGAUCCCCACCAACUUGAGCUUUUGCACCAGUCUAAUGAUCAUGGCCAUCAAGUUCAACAAUCUUAGUGGGAAUGUGCCCCCUGAGCUCGGCGAUAGGUUGAAGCAUCUCAAGCUGCUCGACCUGGAGAACAACAAUCUUACCGGAGGGAUCCCAGUGUCGAUGGGCAACUUGACAUCAUUGAGUGUUCUGGAUCUCAUGCAAAACCAACUUGAGGGUACUAUCCCGUAUGACCUUGGCGUUCUCAAGGAUCUUUGGUUUUUGGGGCUCGCUUACAAUAACCUCUCUGGCGAUUUUCCUGUCUCCCUAUACAACUUGUCUUCGAUGAAAAUAAUGCAGAUUCAGUGGAACAAGCUCAGCGGAAGCAUUGCUACUAAUAUUGGCAGUAGGUUCCCAAGCAUACAAAUCCUUGGUUUUGCGGUAAACCAGUUCACUGGGCACAUCCCUGCUUCAGUCUCCAACCUCACAUCACUCCAGGUACUUUACCUCGCAGAAAAUAGACUCAGUGGAUAUGUGCCUCGCACGGUGGGGAAACUACAAGCUCUGCGAGGUCUAUUCUUGUGGAGUAACAAGCUAGAAGCUAACGAUGGGGAGGGGUGGGAAUUUAUCACUUCUUUGUCAAACUGCAGCCAGCUCCAGCAAUUAGUUAUGGACAACAACCCUGCUUUCACUGGGCACCUACCAAGCUCACUUGUGAAUCUCUCAACAACCCUUCAAUCUCUCACCUUUGACGCCACUGGGAUUUCGGGAAGCCUCCCCUCAGCCAUUGGCAAUCUGGUGGGCCUUCAAGUCCUUUAUGCUAGGAAUACUUUUAUAUCCGGAGGAAUUCCAGAUAGCAUUGGCGAGUUAGGAGACUUGACUUGGCUUUAUUUGGACAACACUAACCUGUCAGGACAAAUCCCUUCAUCUAUUGGAAAUCUCUCAAAGUUAGCUAUCCUUCAUGCAAAUAGUAGCAAUCUAGAGGGACCGAUUCCAGCAAGCAUAGGAAAUUUAAAGAGUAUACUUUCCCUUGAUUUGUCAAUGAACCAACUCAACGGUUCGAUUCCUAGAGAGAUUUUCAAACUACCGUUUUUUUCUUUGAGUUACUUAAACUUGUCGUAUAAUUCAAUAUUAGGAGCCCUCCCCUCUGAAGUUGGCAACUUAGGCAACCUAAACUUCAUGGUUUUAUCAGGAAACCAACUGUCUGGAGAGAUACCUGAAAGUAUUGGGGAGUGCACUGUGCUGCAAGAACUUCGGUUGGACAAUAACUUAUUCAAUGGAAGCAUACCCCGAUCUCUAAACAAGGGUCUGGCUGCACUCAACUUGUCCAUGAAUGAGUUGUCUGGUACUAUUCCUGAAGCCAUUGGAAAUAUUCAUGGCCUGCAACAGUUGAGUUUAGCACACAACAAUUUGUCAGGGCCAAUCCCUGCUGUUUUACAGAAUCUGGCAUCAUUGUCGAUGUUGGAUUUGUCCUUCAACAACCUGCAAGGGGAAGUGCCAAAAGAGGGGAUUUUUAGAAAUUUGGCUAACCUUUCGAUCACCGGAAAUAACGACCUUUGUGGAGGAAUACCACAGCUUCAUUUAGCUCCAUGCAAGAUAGAUUCUGAAAAAAAGAACGGAAGAAGACAUUUGAAAUAUCUUACAAUAGCUCUACCAACAACCGGUGCACUCUUACUAAUAGCCAUCCUUACUGCACUCAUUUACUUGAUCUAUAAGAAGGAUAAGCAGAGGAGCCCAUUCCAACCAUCAAUAGUUGAGGAACAGUAUGAAAGAAUUUCCUACCAUGCAUUAGAAAAUGGAACCAAUGGAUUCUCAGAAGCAAAUUUGCUUGGUAAAGGAAGCUUCGGGGCAGUCUAUAAAUGUGCUUUGCAAGGUGAGGGGACUAUUGUGGCUGUAAAAGUUUUAAACCUUGAACAGACUGGCGCUACUAAAAGUUUCAUAGCUGAAUGUGAGGCAUUGAGAAGGGUGCGCCAUCGAUGUCUCAUAAAGAUCAUCACCUGCUGCUCAAGCAUCAACAAACAAGGUCAAGACUUCAAAGCAUUGGUUUUUGAGUUCAUGCCGAAUGGUAGCUUGCAUUCUUGGCUCCAUAAAAAGAAUGACAUGCCCACUCUCAACAAUACUCUCAGCCUAUCACAAAGGCUGGAUAUCGCUAUCGAUGUCAUGGAUGCUUUGGACUAUCUUCAUAAUCACUGCCAGCCACCAAUCGUCCAUUGUGACCUCAAGCCAAGCAAUAUCCUCAUUGCAGAAGACAUGAGUGUCCGAGUUGGAGAUUUUGGCAUAUCUAGAAUCCUUACAGAAAGUGCAAGUAGAACUCUGCAAAAUUCCAAUAGCACAAUUGGAAUAAGAGGCUCCAUUGGCUAUGUUGCACCUGAGUAUAGUGAAGGAUCUUCCAUCACAACUCUUGGUGAUGUUUAUAGCCUCGGAAUACUGCUGCUCGAGAUGUUUACAGGAAAGAGUCCAACAGAUGCUAUGUUCACAGGUUCAUUGGAUCUACACAAGUACUCAGAGGAUGCUCUUCUGCACAAAAUCUGGGAGAUAGCCGAUACAACAAUGUGGCUGCACACAGACACCUAUGAUGACAGUACAAGAAACAGAACUGAGAAUUGUUUGGGCCAUGUCAUUUCCCUUGGGAUAUCCUGCUCAAGAAAACAUCCUAGAGAGAGGACACUGAUACAGGAUGCAGCAACUGAGAUGCAUGCUAUCAGAGAUUCAUACCAGUCUGGUGGUAGAAUAUGAGGAGUAGCAGCAACUCCCUGGUGGUGGAACAUAAUGAGCAAGAUGGUUGCAGGUAGUCACUUGCCUUAAAUAGCUGAAGAUGUAUAUGAUGCUUCAAUUCUAUCAUCCAUUCAUAUAACAAUCUGCAUUUGUUUA